ACAAAAGCGGCAGAGAUAGUAGCUAAACUCAGUGGCAUGUGGGUGAAGAAGCGCACCGAGGACGAGAUCAAAGUGGACCUGACACCGGUAGUCGGCGGAGUGAGGGACUCGGAAAAUUACAACUUCUACGUUCGUCUCGUGCGCAGGCAGUCUGGCAGAGACGUGUUCGCGGUGAGGCGCCACCACCUGCCGCACGGCUUCCUGCCGCGCUGCCUGCCGCAGCACGGGGAGCUAGGGGUGCGCUCCGAGCUCGUGGACGACUACCUGCACGCGCUGCGGCGGGUGUGUCGCGGCGCGGCCGCCAGGGCGCUGCAGUUCCGCCGCCUGGCCCAGCCGAGCCGCGAGCUGCCCUUCCUGCACAGGAGCGUGCGCGUGCUGGGCGCCAACACGGUGCGCUUCAAGCUCGCGUGCCUGGACGGCGUGACACCCCUGGCGGUGUGCUUCACCCUGGGCUACUCGUGGCCGGCCGAGCGGCCCUCGCGCUUCGCCCUCUCCUGCGCCGAUGCGAGGCCUGAGUUCCUGGAAUCCCUGCGCGAAGCAGCUCUGGACGUGUUCCAGAAGAUGCCUCUCUGGAACGCUAUAGAAGAGAUAGCGGGCUGCAACCAGUCGACUUGACGCCACAACACAAGACAGCUACAGCCACACGUGAAUAGUUCAAGGGUGCCGGUCCCAUUACAAAUAGUUAUUUAAUAUUUACGUUUAACAUGAUUAAACGUAUAGACUAUAUAUAUAUAUAAAGACUACGUUUUGUAUAAUUAGCUGACAAAGUUUAAUUCUUUAAAUUAAUAUUUUGUCAAUUUUCGGGUUUAAAGGCAAUGCUAGUGGUUACUGCGUUGUAAGGUUUAAAAUUAUUUCAGAAAAUGUAUUUAAUUUUAUUUAGCCGUUAAAUACCAUAAAAUUUAUGAAUUAUUAUUAAAUUCCCAGGUGAAAAAAAAUAUUUUCCCCCAAUAAAUUAAAAACGUAUCACAAAGCAGCCAGUGAAAUUGUCUUUAAACCUAAAAAAGUUCCAUUUUUGUAUUAGAGUUCAUUCUACUUAUCCUACUGCACAAAAACUUUAAAAAAGCAAUUUUGCCAUCUAAUUAUACCAAAAGUAUGUGAUACAUAAUUUUUUUUUUCAAUUUUGUGAAAGUUCAGCCUCACAAAAAAACGACAAAAACCGUGUGGGACGUAAAUAUUAAAAAAAAAAAAAACGACUGGAAUGGGGGCAUACACCUUUAAGUUAUUUUUUUUUCAUUAUUGUCUUAAAUAUUUUUUUUCCUAAUUCAUGUAACUUUUUUUUGAGGGCAUUUUUGUUUAUUACACUAACUUGUCUCAGAUUUGGAAGUUUUUAAGAGUCGUUACAAUGGUCUACGAAUUCUUCUGGUUGCCAAUGUUUGUAAACACACAGCGUAUGACGCCUUGAAACGACGGUCGGAUAAUUUGGUAGCGCUGGUUCUGCUUUUCAGAACUGUCAUAUCUGAGACACGUGACAUGACACAGACUACAUAGUGGUACACAUGCUGAGUUUACUGUUACAUUCCGACACAAAUUUUCGGUCUCCAAGAAGUGUCGGAUUGUUCUGUUUUUUUUUUCUCCUUUAGCUUUAACUUAGAUGUUAAAGCGUGUUCAUUGUAAAUUGAUAAACAAAAACCAGCCUGGGAACUGUUUUGGUAUAGUUUGAAAACAAAAAUCUAAUUUGUUCAAAGAAAUAUCUAUGUAAACUUUCAUACAAUAAUUAUGUACUAAUGUAGCAUCUUCGGACUAAAAUCACCACAGGUAAAGUCACAUCUUUCCAGAAAAAUCGUGAAAAAUAAUUUACCUGCAGUAUUUCCUGUAAUAAUAUUGAAGGUAUGUGAAAAUUUAAAUUUUUCAAUACAGCGAGAAACUAAUAAACUAGAAUCAUGUACUGUUAUUUUCAAAAUAAAGGCUGUAAAAAGAAAA